GUCAACCGUUCAACCAAAGCACAAAAAAGUUUUCACUUCAUAUUCCCUUUCCUUCCACCAAAAAAAAAAAAAGAAAAAAAAACUUUCAUAUUCGCUCUUCUCUCUCGCCUCUCUCUUCUGCAAUUUCUUCUUCUUCUUCUUGUUCGUCUUCUCUAAUGGCGUGCGCGAACUUAGUGAAGCUUAACUCACCUUCUUCGUUGUGGAUCGGACAGCAGUCCUUCUCUCAGCGCCGCGGAUCGUCCGCUCGCCGCGUCGCCGCCUCCCCGAUCCGCGCCGGCGCUUAUACGGACGAAUUAGUCAAAACAGCCAAAUCUAUUGCGUCUCCUGGACGUGGCAUUCUGGCUAUAGACGAGUCGAAUGCCACAUGUGGCAAGAGAUUGGCAUCCAUAGGAUUGGACAACACGGAGGCAAACAGACAAGCCUAUAGGCAACUGCUCUUGACCACUCCCGGACUCGGUGAAUACAUCUCCGGUGCUAUUCUAUUUGAGGAAACGCUCUAUCAAUCAACUACUGAUGGAAAGAAGUUCGUGGACUGCUUGCGCGAGGAGAAAAUUGUUCCUGGAAUCAAAGUUGACAAGGGUUUGGUUCCUCUGCCCGGAUCAAACAACGAAUCUUGGUGCCAAGGCUUAGAUGGAUUGGCUUCAAGAUCUGCUGAAUACUACAAGCAAGGUGCCCGGUUUGCUAAAUGGCGAACAGUUGUGAGCAUUCCAAAUGGUCCUUCUGCUCUAGCUGUUAAGGAAGCUGCUUGGGGACUUGCCCGUUAUGCCGCUAUUUCUCAGGACAAUGGCCUUGUGCCCAUUGUGGAGCCUGAGAUUCUUCUUGACGGGGACCACCCAAUAGAGAGAACCCUUGAAGUUGCUGAGAAGGUUUGGGCUGAAGUCUUCUUCUACUUGGCCCAAAACAAUGUGACAUUUGAAGGAAUUCUUCUCAAGCCGAGCAUGGUAACCCCAGGGGCUGAGCACAAGGAGAAGGCUUCUCCAGAGACCAUUGCCAAAUACACACUCACAAUGCUCAGAAGGAGAGUUCCUCCUGCGGUUCCAGGAAUUAUGUUUUUAUCCGGAGGCCAAUCUGAAGCGGAAGCCACCUUGAAUCUGAAUGCCAUGAACCAAAGCCCUAACCCAUGGCAUGUCUCGUUUUCUUAUGCUCGAGCCUUGCAGAACAGUGUCCUCAAAACAUGGCAAGGACGUCCCGAGAAUGUGGACGCUGCACAAAAGGCGUUGCUGGUUAGAGCAAAGGCAAAUUCGAUGGCACAGCUUGGGAAGUAUUCGGCUGAAGGAGAAAACGAAGAAGCCAAAAAAGGAAUGUUUGUCAAGGGAUACACCUACUAAAGCUCUAAGCACUUCAUGGCUUGUUGGCACUCAAAACAUCUUGUAACAGAAGUUGGUUUAUUUAUUUUUUUUUUUAGCUAAUAAUUUUGGCCUGCAUGAAAAGAAUGUGGGAUUUGUUGUGAUAAACAUAUGAGCUUUUUUUCAGUAUUUACAUAAGUUGUGAUAUGUUUUUGGGAUU